UUUCACAUGAAAAAGGAAAAUAUAUAAGUACCCUUUCGUCAUUUGACUAACGAAUGGCGUUCACAUAUAUUAUGUUAAUGAAAUUAUUAUAUAUUGUUUCUGAUUAUCAAAUCAAAUAAUAAAUCUUGAAUCAGAACGGAAAUGGAAACUAUGAAAUAAUAAUGUCUUCCUCCUUUCCUUCCUUACCAUCCGCUGAGGAAAUCGAAAAAAUAACAGAUACUAGAGACUUAAUUUAUCGUUUAAAACAAUCUAACUUGGGAUUAACCGAAAAUGAUUUCGAGGUUCUCAAAUACCAUAAAAUUAUUGGGCGAACGUUUCUCAUGUUAACGGAAGAAAAACUUGAAAAUCGUGGUGAAAAAUUGGGACCAUCUUUAAACAUCGCGUAUUCGGUUAAUAAGAUUUUGGAACAAGAUACGAAAACUUCAAAAUCUUCCAAAAAUAAGAAACGUAAUAUAGAAGAUGACCUUGAAGAUAUUGAUAUACUCCGUGAAGAAUUUAGAGAAAUUGUAGAGGAAAAAUUUAAAACUACGACUGGAUUAACUACAAAAAUCAAUUAUUCGUUAUUACUUAAAGAUGUUCAUAGCGUGUGCGGAGAGGAUACUAUUAGUGGAACAACCCUUAGAGACUUUUUUUUAAAUAAUACAAAUCUCUCUAAGCAUACGUAUCCAAUAGUUCGACAAUGGGUUGAACACAAAAAAAGAAUUUACAGUAAUAAAUAUAAAGCGUAUACUUUUCAUUAAUUCUGUAGUUUAUUUCAUCUGUAGUAUAAAUAGUUUUUUAAUGAACCCAUAGUAACUCCAUCAUGUAAUAAUACAAAUAAUAAUAAAUUUUCCAUAAAUUUCAUAAAUUUUGUA